AUGGCAUCGGCAUCACGAACUUCAAAAGAAUUAUUAAGAUUACAAAAAGAAUUAAAAGAUAUCGAAAAAGAAAAUGUAGAUGAAAUUGAUGCACAUAUGAAAGAUACCAAUAUAUUUGAAUGGGUUGGAUUUAUAAAAGGACCAUCGGGAACACCUUAUGAGGGUGGUCAUUUUAUUUUAGAUAUAACUAUACCAAAUGACUAUCCUUACAAUCCUCCAAAAAUAAAAUUCAAUACCAAAAUAUGGCAUCCAAAUAUCUCCAGUCAAACAGGAGCUAUAUGUUUAGACGUUUUAAAAAAUGAAUGGAGUCCAGCAUUAACAAUUAGAACUGCACUUUUAUCAAUUCAAGCACUUUUAUCUGACCCACAGCCAGAUGACCCUCAGGAUGCUGAAGUAGCAAAAAUGUACAAGGAAAAUUAUUCCCUUUAUUUAAAAACAGCAAGUGUAUGGACCAAAACUUUUGCAACAGUACCUAAAUUAGAGCCAAGAGAAGAUAUAAUUAAGAAAAUUACUGAAAUGGGUUUCUCAGAAGAUCAAGCUAAGAAAGCAUUAAUAAAAGCUAACUGGAAUGAAACUUUGGCCUUAAAUACGCUCCUAGAAAAUUCUUAA